AUGGGUCCCAACAUGAAAGAAAGAAAACGAAGGUCCCCAUAUGAAUAUGACGUGCAAGACUACCCACCCGAUUAUUUCGAUUUCGACAAGGAUGAUGGCGAAGACGUGGAAUGCCCGGGUCCGGAUGAAGUGACUGAUUUGGGAACUAUUCCUCCGGAGUUGGAGGGACCUGGAAGUGUGCACGAUAUGCGCAAUUUGCAAUGGCGAGGUUACUAA